AUGAGGCGCAGCAUUCGGCGGGCUCUUUCCCGGAAGCGGAAGCUCGGGGGGCGGGCCAAGGGCGGCCGGGAGUCGGCGGCGGUUAAUUCCUUUUACCUUGCGGCUUUGCUUCACUCCGUUUGGACUUUUCUGAAGCUGCGAGAGAUGGUCAGGUCUGGAUCUCGACCGGGCCAGGUAAUACCUUCAGGAAAGCACACUGGACCUGCUAAAUUAACAAAUGGAAAGAAAGGGACCAAUUUGAGAAAGAUACCCCGUUUUAAUGCAGAUUCUGGCUAUCCCACUCACUCUGAUUCAGAAAGUCAGACUGAAACUGUACAGGGGCUUGAUGGCUGUGCGUCUUUGCUGCGGGACAUUUUGAGAAAUGAAGAUUCAGGUUCAGAAAUAACAUAUUCAGAAAAUAGAUGUAACCCCAGACCUGUACAAAGCAAAAGAUACAGAUCCAAAAAGAAAGGACAUGAAAAACAUACUGUGCCUUCUAUAGUCCGGAAGGAAAUUUUAUCUUCAGAUAAUAAGAAACAGAUACCUAAUGAUGCUUCUGUUGGAAGUGAAAGAGACUCAUCAGAUAUACUGCAAAAUUGGUCACUACAAGAUCAUUGUGGAAUGUAUUCACCCUUAAUAUACCAAGCUCUUUGUGAACAUGUGCAGACUCAAAUGUCACUGAUGAAUAACUUGGCUUCAAAGAACAAUCCUAAUGGAAUUCCUUCUGCACCUUGCCACACUGUGUCUUGUUCUGAAUCUCAGACAUCUUCACCUUCUAGUUAUGGUUUACCCACCUCUAUCCCAGUCCGGUUACCUCGGCAGCCACCCUGCCCUCCAGUGGUUCAUUCUGAAGUUCAGACUGAUGGUGACAGUCAGUUUGCAUCACAAGGAAGAACAAUAUCUGUGAACUGUACUGAUGAUGUUGUGAGGAAUUCCUUUAAUACCUGUCUUGGAGUUUCAUGUAACCUGUCCCAAACUGGCAAACCAGCUACUCCAACAUGUCAGCAACUGGGUCUUGCUAAUGGGGUUCCGCCGAAAAGACUUUCUGAGGAACCAGACUUACUGAAGUGUUUCCAAACAUACAUGAAACUGUUGAGUUCUCAUCCUGACAGUCCCACUCGCUGCAGCCCCACCCGAUUACAGUCAGCUUUCUUGGCUACUAAUGAAGAAAAAUGUACUAACAAACACAAUGGUGAGGUCAGAAGUGAAGGAAAGGAUUUAAACAUACCUCUGCAAGAUUCAAGAAUAAAGGAUGUGCAGAAGGCAAAAAACGUGAACCAGAGUGCUGAAAAAGUUAGAACUAUCAAGUAUUUGUUGGGAGAGCUCAAGGCCCUGGUAGCAGAACAAGAAGAUUCAGAAAUUCAGAGGUUGAUUACAGAACUGGAGAUGUGUAUAUCUCUGCUUCCAGCCGUAAGUGCAAACACAAAUAUUCAGAUUGAAAUAGCACUGGCCAUGCAGCCACUAAGAAGUGAAAACGCUCAUUUACGCAGGCAAUUGAGAAUUUUGAAACAGCAACUUAGAGAACAAGAAAAAACUCAAAAGGAAUCUGGUUCUCUGGAAUGCAACCUUGAAUUGUUUUCUCUUCAAUCAUUGAACAAGUCACUGCAAAAUCAAUUACAGGAGUCAUUAAAGAGCCAGGAAUUACUGCAGAGUAAAAAUGAAGAGCUCUUAAAAGUGAUAGAAAAUCAGAAAGAUGAAAACAAAAAAUUUGCUGGUAUAUUUAAAGAGAAAGAUCAAACUUUACUUGAAAAUAAACAGCAGUUUGAUAUUGAGACAACAAGAAUGAAAAUUGAAUUGGAGGAAGCCUUAGUCAAUGUGAAAAGCUCCCGGUUUAAGUUAGAAGCUGCUGAAAAGGAAAAUCAGAUAUUGGGAAUAACAUUACGCCAGCGUGAUGCCGAGGUGACUCGACUGAGAGAAUUAACCAGAACUUUACAGAGCAGUAUGGCAAAGCUUCUCUCAGAUCUUAGUGUGGACACUGCUCGCUGCAAGCCUGGGAAUAAUCUUACCAAAUCACUUCUGAACAUUUAUGAAAAGCAACAUCAAUAUGACCCGAUCCCCGCUCACACUUCCAUAAUGAGCUACCUAAGUAAGUUAGAACCAGAUCACACUCCUAUUACACAUUCAGAGCCUCUUUCUACAAUUAACAAUGAGGAAAACAUGGUGCCAGAUAGACCUUAUGAAAGUGUUCUGCCCUCCAAAGGCCCUCAGCUUAGUAAUACUAGGAGCAUGGAGGAGGUAUCAGCCCCUGGAAUUGUUCCUGCCCUUUCAAAACAGGAUUCUGAUGAGGAAAGUGAAAUUACGACCUUAGUAGAAGAGGAGCAUAAUUUGGAUAAAACAAUUUACAUUCCAUUUGCCAGAAGCACUCCUAAAAAGAAAUCACCACUGUCUAAGAGAUUAUCCCCCCAGGCCCAGAUCAGUGUAGCUCCACCGCAACCUGUCAGUGGACUUGUUGCUGAAAAAGAAAAUAAACUGUGUGCACCUGGAGUUUGUUCCUCUUGCAAAAAGGAAGAAGAUGCACCUGAGAAACUUUCCAGAACAGCUGGUACGGAGGACAAGCAGCUCCUCAAGAAAAUAAAGGAAGCCAUUUGCAAGAUCCCUCCUGCCACUAAGGAGGAAUUGGUGGCCUGUCACGGCCCCUCCACUUGUCAGAACAGCAACGUUCAAGUGAAAAGCAGUGCAGUCUCUGAUGGUAGCUUUUUAAAUUCUGACUUAACUUCUGACUGGAGCAUCUCUUCUUUUUCCACGUUCACAUCUCGUGAUGAGCAAGACUUCCGAAAUGGGCUUGCAGCACUGGAUGCCAACAUUGCUAGACUCCAGAAGUCCUUAAGGACUGGUCUUCUGGAGAAGUAA